AUGGCUCACGAGGGCAACAUUGACACAACGGGCCUGGAGCCUGCCGAUCCAUUGGCAAAGGGCAUCCUGCCCACGGCCAAGCAGUCAUUCAGGGAUCUCUUCGUCUGGAAGCACCGUCUCGUUGUCACAAACGACAAUGGCGAGACGACAUGCUACUGGAAGGAGCCUGAGCGUAUCCAGAACCCCAUCAGCCUCUUCAUGAUGCUGGAUCUCAAGGGAUGGACUUUCUUCCUCGUCGGUCUGGCUGCCUGGACCGCCGAUGCUUUCGAUUUCCAUGCCCUCUCUAUCCAGACCAAGAAGCUGGCUGAUUACUACGAAACCUCGAAGACUGCCAUCACCACUGCCAUUACCCUCACCCUGCUCCUCCGUUCAGUUGGCGCCGCCUUCUUUGGUCUUGCUGGUGACAAAUGGGGACGAAAGUGGCCCAUGGUCUUCAACAUGGUUGUCCUCGGUGUUCUCCAGAUCGCUACCAUUUACAGCGGCACCUUCUCCCAGUUCCUCGCUGUCCGCAGUCUGUUCGGUCUCUUCAUGGGUGGCGUCUACGGUAACGCCAUUGCCAUGGCUCUAGAGGAAUGCCCUGUCCCAGCUCGUGGCUUGAUGUCCGGUAUCCUGCAGCAAGGUUACUCUCUCGGUUACGUCUUCGCAGCCUGUGCCAAUCUCGGCGUUGGUGGCGACAAGAACAGUUGGAAAAUCGUGUUCUGGAUUGCUGCUGGCAUCUCCAUUGCCGUCGGUCUGCUCCGAAUCGUCUUCCCUGAGUCCAAGCAAUUCCUUGAAGCCAAGGCCCAUGGCAAGAAGGCAACUUCUCCUGCUGCUUUCUGGCGAGACUGCAAGGCCAUGUUGGCUCGCGAAUGGAAGAUGGCCGUGUACACCAUCAUUCUGAUGACUUGGUUCAACUUCUACUCCCACACCAGCCAGGACUCGUACACCACCUUCAUGCUUACCCAGAAGGCCCUUGGCAACACGCCAGCUUCUAGAGCAUCCAUCAUCAUGAAGGUCGGCGCGUGUGUCGGCGGAACUAUCAUUGGAUACUUGAGUCAGUUCUUCGGCCGUCGCCGCGCCAUCAUGACUUCCGCAAUCAUCUCUGGCAUCCUCAUCCCCGCCUGGAUUCUUCCCAAGGACGAGGCAUCUCUGAGCGCCAGCGGUUUCUUCAUGCAGUUCUUCGUCCAGGGCGCCUGGGGUGUCAUUCCCAUUCACCUCAACGAGCUGUCCCCUCAGGCCUUCCGCUCCUCCUUCCCCGGUGUCACCUACCAGAUCGGCAACAUGAUCUCAUCCCCCUCUGCCCAGAUCGUCAACGCCAUCGCCGAGAAGACCUUCAUCCAGGGCCCCGGUGGCAAGAUGGUCGAGGCCUACGGCCCUACCAUGGGCGUCGCCACAGCCAUCAUCGCGUUGGGCAUCUUCUUCACCGCCAUGUUCGGCCCCGAGAGGUGCGGCAGGGUCUUCGACCAGAGAAUCGCAGGCGAGGUCACCGAUUCUUCCGACUCCAAUGGCAAGGUUGUCGACGAGGAGAAGGCAAGCGUCGAGAUGGCGUCCAGACGGGUUUCUGCUGCCGAGCCAACCCACAAGGAGGGUUAG